AUGGGCGAAGAUGUACUGAGCUAUCCAGGGUUUGAUCCAGCUCCUACUGAAGUCAACAAGAGUCUUUCUGUUGACAUUCGAGAGAAGCUGGAUAUAGAUAGACCUGCAAAGUCGGUAGUCGUCGGGCAAAACUCCUUUGGCUUCAUCUGGAGAAAAGCAGCCCAAAAAGGAUCUGAAAUUACGUCACCUAUAGACGGAAGUAAGGAAAAUGGAUUGCAAAUGCCGAACCUAUGCAAAUUUUGUGACAUUAAAGUAACAACCUGCUCGAACCAAUAUCAGUGCAAGAGCAACUGCAACAUCACUGCUAUCUGUGAGAAGAAUAAUGAAGUCUGUGUCGCUAUAUGGAGACAGAAUGAUGAAAAUGUGACAUUAGAAACAAUAUGCCAUGAUCCCCAGAAAACACUGUAUGGUCACAUCUUGGAUGACUCCAGCUCAGAGAAGUGUUUGAUGAGGGAAAAGAAGGAAGAUGGGGGAUUGAUGUUCAUGUGUUCCUGUACAGGUGAAGAAUGCAAUGAUAUGCUCAUUUUUCCCUCAGAUGACCCUCAUAAGCCAGAGGAGAAAGAUGAAAUUUCCAAAGUCACAAUCAUAAGUCUUGUCCCAUUACUGGUGAUCUCUGUUGCUGUGAUUGUUAUCUUUUAUGCCUACCGCACUCAUAAGAAGAGAAAGCUCAACAAGGCAUGGGAGAAGAAUGUUAAGCCCAGGAAACAUAAAGACUGCAGUGAUGUUUGUGCCAUUAUGUUAGAUGAUGACCGCUCAGACAUCAGCUCUACCUGUGCCAACAACAUCAACCACAACACAGAACUGCUGCCCAUUGAGUUGGAUGUUGUUGUUGGCAAAGGAAGGUUUGCUGAAGUGUAUAAAGCCAAAUUGAAGCAAAACACAUCGGAGCAGUAUGAAACUGUGGCAGUCAAGAUUUUCCCCUAUGAAGAAUAUGCUUCCUGGAAAACUGAGAAAGACAUUUUUUCAGAUGUAAACCUCAAGCACGAGAACAUCCUCCAAUUCUUGACAGCAGAGGAGCGUAAGACAGAUCUUGGUAAACAGUAUUGGUUGAUCACUGCCUUCCAUGCUAGAGGAAACUUGCAGGAAUAUCUCACACGGCACAUUAUCAGCUGGGAGGACCUCUGGAAACUGGGUGGGUCCUUGGCCCGAGGGAUUGCCCAUCUGCAUAGUGAUCACACACCCUGUGGUCGCCCCAAAACACCUAUCGUGCACAGAGACCUGAAGAGUUCCAACAUCCUGGUGAAAAAUGAUUUAACCUGCUGUCUCUGUGACUUUGGGUUAUCCCUGAGACUGGACCCUUCUCUGUCUGUGGAUGACUUGGCUAACAGUGGGCAGGUUGGCACAGCAAGGUACAUGGCCCCUGAGGUUCUGGAAUCCAGGAUGAACCUGGAGAACGUGGAGUCCUUCAAACAAACCGAUGUGUACUCCAUGGCUUUGGUCCUCUGGGAAAUGACAUCUCGCUGUAACGGCGUCGGAGAAGUGAAAGAGUACGAGCCCCCGUUCGGCUCUAAAGUGCGAGAACACCCCUGUGUGGAAAGCAUGAAGGACAAUGUCCUAAGAGACAGAGGGCGACCCGAGAUCCCCAGCUCCUGGCUUAACCAUCAGGGCAUCCAGAUGGUGUGUGAAACUCUUAUUGAGUGCUGGGACCAUGACCCUGAGGCCCGGCUCACGGCGCAGUGCGUUGCGGAGCGCUUCAGCGAGCUCAAGCACCACGACAAGUUCUCGGGAAGAAGCUGUUCGGAGGAGAAGAUCCCUGAAGAUGGCUCCGUGACCACCGCCAAGUAGCGCGCACCCAAGAGCUCCGAAAUGGAGGGAAGUCGCUCCUAGACGCGUUCACCUUGGCAAAGGAAGAAGUCUCGAUCGGUGCCUUGACUUGCUUCCUGGAGGACUGAGGCUGUCACUACUCCCUUUAGACUCCGGCUCCGGACAGGGAGAUGUAUUCAUGGGAAUUAAAAGCCAGGGAGUAGGUGUCAUACCCUAGCAUUGGCUGCCGGCAUCAUGUCGUAGGAGGAGCUAUGUAUGUUAGCACUUCCUCAGGAAAUGAGAUUUGAAAAUAAUAACAUUAUGCACUUUAUUAAUGCCUGUAUAUAACUAUGAAAUUGCUAUUUUUAUAUAUAUAUACAUAUAUAUAUAAAAAAUGU